AUGGACAAAUGUUUUGCCACUAGUGCUGGUUGGGCCGAGAAAUACCAAAAUGUAUUUUCACCAUAUCAUAAUCCACAUUUUUUGGGUACGCGGGGCAUAAUAGUGCAACUGAUGGAAUGGCCUUUCCUAGACAUAGCUGAAGAAUGCCGUACACUUUUAGGUCCACGAGGCUAUGGAGGUGUGCAGUUAUCUCCUGUCUUGGAACAUGUUGUAUUAAAUACCUCCGUGUACUCCCAUCCCUGGUGGGAACGAUAUGAGCUGCUUUCUUACUAUAUUGGAUCACGUUCCGGCACUGAGUCUGAUUUUUGGACUAUGAGUCGUAUUUGCAAUGAUGCCGGCGUCCGUUUGUAUGCUGAUGUAAAUUUAAAUCAUAUGGCUUCACUCUCGACGGCGUAUUACAGUAACGUAUCUACCAACGGAGUAGUACUCUCUUCCUUAAACCGUAUUGUUAACAUUACCGAUUACCAUUAUCCGGGCGUACCAUUUACAAAGAGCGAUUUCCAUAAAUUUUGUAUAAUCAACAACUCAGUGCAUGCACAUGAGAUAAGAAACUGUCAGAAGAAUGGACAUCCUGACUUAAAUCAUGCUCAAAGUGGGGUCAAAGAGAAAAUGGUUUUGAUGUUAAAUCAGUUCUUAAAAAUGGGUGUUGCCGGAUUUCGCAUUGAUGCGGCAAAGCACGUGUGGCCUAAAGAUAUGAAACACAUUUUCGAUAGCCUUGACAAUUUAAAUGUAGAUUUUAACUUCUCCAUUGGCUCUAGGCCGUUUUUCUACCACGACGUUGUCGAUAUGGGCUCAGAUAGUAUAUCAAAGACUGAGUACACGCCGAUUGGCGUCGUGACCGAAUACUUAUAUGCAGUGAAAUUAGCUAAUAUAAUAAACGCAAAAUCUGCACCACUAACUUCUUUAAUAAAUUGGGGACCGGCGAUGGGAUUUUUAUCACAUCAAAAUGCUUUAGUAUUCGUAGAUUCGCACGACACACAACGAGGAUUAGUAAGUGAACUCAGCCGCAAUCGAGUGUUGACACAUAAGGAGCGAACCAAAUAUGUUAUCGCAAACGUAUUCAUGUUAGCACAUCCCUUUGGUCGUUUAAAGCGGAUUAUGAGCUCAUAUCACUACUUAGAUGGAGAUGUAAACCGAGGUGCACCGAGGGUGAACACAACUGACGGCAUACGGGGGCCUGAAUUUGAUGCCAAUUAUCAAUGUAGACGAGUUUCUGGUUGGGUAUGUGAACAUCGAUGGCCAGUUAUGCUGAAUAUGGUAGCAUUUGCCAAUUACUUUAAUGGCAGAAAUCUGCGUGAAACCAGUGUUAUGUACUUUCAAACUAACGGCCCUAACCAAAUAGCCUUUUGCCGAGGGCACGCUGCAUUCGUGGCAAUAAACAACGAUUCUGAAAGAAUAUUCAGCAAGAAGUUAUAUACUUCUUUGCCACCUGGCACUUAUUGCGACAUCAUUACGGGCGGCUUAGCACCUAGCAGUGAUGGUUGCCUUGGUCGCCAUCUACUUGUAAAUGAAGAAAGUUAUGCUCAGUUACAAUUGCCAGUCGCAAGUCACGUUAAGUUCAAAUAUGCUCAAAGAAUACCAAAUUUAAAUUAUGGUGUUCUGAUUGUGUACGUUAAAUCAAAAUUAAGAGAAAUCCAUUAA